AUGCCUCGGCGCGCGCGUCGGCGAGCAAUUCCCUUCGAGGGCGACGAUGAACAGUACAUCAAGCAUUUAGAGCGCUUGGUACUGAGCGUUCAGCCACUCCUGAACUUUCCCAUUUCUGAUGCUACCGGAUCGUCAGCCAGUGAUAUCCGGUUUAUUGAGUGGCAGCCAAGCAAACUCUCUCCGGCUCCAAGCCCGCAAUUGAUGAAGCAACUGGUUGCCUUCAUUGAAGGCAUCCCUCGCGAAGAUCGAUGGCAGGAGGCAAGGGUGAAAACAGGAAUCGAUACACCGUACCGGAACUUCCAGGCUUUGAAACUGAUUCUAGGUCAUGCCGAUCCUGCAAUUUUUCAUGCCGAAUACGAAAUCGCCGCUCCGCCAUCAGCUCCUCUCGGGAGCGUUGAUCUGGUGGCAAGAGGAUGUGCAUACGGCCGAUUCAUUGCUCGAUGUAGCCAUGAUCAAUGUUUCGCUGAAAGCGUGGUUGCCUUUCAGCAUCUAGUCUUCUACAGUUUUUGUGUGGUCAUGAUGCGAGCUGGAGUGUCCCCAGAGACUACCAACGCCACCAUGCGGCGCUACACCGGCAAGAGCCAAAAGGACCACACCCUGGAGAAAUAUCGCAACGGGGCUGUGUGGGCCAAUCGAUGUAUAGCUUUACUAUUGGAGAAUGGAUGGGGACAUAAGAGCUGGGAGAUUUUUCUUCUCAAUAGUCAGACUCCAGCGCAAAUUGCCCGCUUUGCCGCUUACGACAAAGACAGCUACAAGGCAGUAGCCCAUCGACUAGGACCAGCAAAUGUUCCUCUGUGGGAGACUGGGUGGAUACCGUACUGUCUUCCUUGUAUCGUGAAUUAUCUCACGGGAUACACAAUCUCGUAA